UUGCGUAAAAACUUCAGUCUAUUACCUAUGUCAGAAAUGCUCAACGAGCAUAACUCACUGUAGCAGCCUACUGAGUGUUUGGUCUGUCAAUAUGUGGGUGCCUUGCGGGUGUACUUCAAAGAACGUCAUUACUUUCUUCAGUCGUCGGAUCUUGAGAUCGUAUUUGCAUGUUUCGGGUCGGAGGAGGUGUAAUGUGGCGGCGUGGAUGCCGGAGGCUGCAGGGUUUGAGGGGGUGCUGGACCGAGCUGGGCUGCAGGACUUCUCCGUCACCAACAUUGAGAGCUUCUGGGCCGUGGUGGCGCGUCAGAGACUGAGCUGGAUCAGUCCUUUCCACACUGCUCAGGACUGUGAUCUAAGCCGAGGUCAAAUAAGGUGGUUUGAGGGGGGAAAGCUGAAUGUUUCCGUGAACUGCCUGGACCGCCACGUGCACACCUGUCCUGAGCGGGUGGCCCUGAUCUGGGAGAGAGAUGAACCGGGGUCAGAGGUCAAGGUUACCUACAGUCAGUUACUGGAGAUGACAUGUCGCCUGGGCAACUUGUUGAGACGGCAUGGCGUGAAGAAAGGGGACACUGUCACCAUCUACAUGCCUCCUUGCCCUCUGGCUGUGGCGUCCAUGUUGGCCUGUGCCCGUAUUGGUGCAGCACACAACGUGGUGUUUGCAGGAUUCAGUGCGGAGGCUUUGGCAGAGCGGAUCAGAGACGCUCAGUCCAACACCGUCAUCACAGUGAACCAGGGCGUCAGAGGGGGUAAGGUCACCGAGCUGAAGAAGACAGUGGAUGCGGCGGUCCAGGGCUGUCCGACAGUACAGCAGGUGUUUGUUGCCAUGAGAACAGAGAAUCCAGUCGUCAUGACAGCCAGGGACGUCGCCAUGGAGGAGGAGAUGCUGAAGGAGGACGUGGUGUGUGAGCCAACUGCCAUGGACAGUGAGGAUGUCUUGUUCCUGCUUUAUACAUCAGGCAGCACAGGGAAACCCAAAGGACUGGUCCACACUCAGGCUGGAUAUCUGCUGUACGCUGCACUCACACACAGGUAUGUCUUCAGCUACCAUGAUGGAGAUGUGUUCGGCUGUGUGGCUGAUAUCGGUUGGAUAACAGGACACAGUUACAGCGUCUACGGGCCUCUGGCCAACGGGGGAACCACUGUCCUUUUUGAGAGCACUCCCAUAUACCCUGACCCGGGAAGGUACUGGGAGACGGUUCAGAGACUUAAGAUAAAUCAGUUCUAUGGGGCUCCCACAGCUAUCCGCCUGUUGCUUAAGUAUGGAGACCAGUGGGUGCACAAAUACGACCGCUCCACCCUCAAAACUCUCGGCUCUGUGGGUGAGCCCAUCAACACUGAAGCAUGGGAAUGGUACCACAGAGUUGUUGGGGAUGGACGCUGCCCUGUGGUGGACACAUGGUGGCAAACAGAGACAGGUGGCAUCUGCAUCGCCCCACGGCCAUCAGACCCUGACGCAGAGAUUGUCCCAGGAAUGGCUAUGAGACCCUUCUUUGGCAUUAAGCCGGUGCUCAUGGACAGUAAGGGCAAAGUGGUGACUUCUAACGACACAUCUGGAGCUCUGUGUAUAGCUCAGCCUUGGCCUGGUAUGGCCAGAACCAUUCAUAACGACCAUCAGAGAUUCAUCGAGACGUACUGUCAGCCGAACCCUGGUUACUUCUUUACUGGAGAUGGUGCUCAUCGUUCAAAGGACGGGUAUUACCAGAUCACUGGUCGCCUUGAUGAUGUCAUCAACGUAAGCGGUCACAGGAUUGGCACAGCUGAGAUAGAAGACAUAGUGAAUCAAUGUUCUGCAGUGGCUGAAUCUGCUGUUAUAGGCUACUCACAUCCCAUCAAAGGACAAGGCGUGUAUACUUUUGUGGUGCUAAAAACAGAUACGGAUAUCCAAGAAGCAGAUGUUUGCCCACAGCUAAACAACAUGGUAUCCAAAAAGAUCGCUAAGUACGCCUGCCCGGACUAUAUCCAGUUUGUACAGCGCUUGCCAAAGACGCGCUCAGGCAAGAUAAUGCGCAGGGUGCUGCGGAAGGUGGUGGAGCGCGACUUGGAUGAGUUGGGUGACCUUAGCACGCUGGAUGAUCCUGCAGCAGUUCAAGAGAUCAUCCAAGGCCACCGCGAUCUCUGUAGUAAAAAACAACCAUGAUGAUGUGUU